UCUUCAUUACUGAGCAUAAAAAGUUGGCUGGGGGUGUAACACGGAGUGAGCACUCUAGAAAUACACACCCAUCAUUGAUACUCACAAGAUCAGGUGCAAAACUGAGACAUAGCUACAACUAGGACAGUCAUGUCCAGCAAAUCACAACUUUUUAUAGACACCUUACAAGACAUACCUUACAAUACGCAUCAUAAUGAUCUCAUAACCCUGUCACAAUCAUCUAGCUAUGAUGUAUCUGGCAGACAGAGUCCCAGGGACAUCAGCAGACGUCUGGCUUCAAGAAAGCCACGGUAACUAAUUGAGCACAUCCAGCACCUGCAGCGAGGAGAUGGAGCCGCUCUUCUCAAACAAGCUAGGCCACGGAUGAGCUACGAAACCCCCCAGCCGUUCUGCCACUGACGUCCAUCAGCGUCGGGCCUUCAUCUCCAAAGGGAGCCAGAGUAUCCUGAGGCUUUGAAGAGCUCUGAAAAUAUCCCCGGACUGCCCACAACAACAGUCAAGACGGUCAUCACUUCCUAAUGAUGACCAGUUCUGAGAGCGAUCCUGGCAAGAAUCAGACCAUCUCCGAUGGGUUCAUCCUGGUGGGGUUUUCCUACCUUAACAAGCUGCAAAUCCUUCUUUUUCUGGUGCUUCUGUUCCUCUACCUGGCCAUACUGUUGGGAAACCUGCUCGUUAUCCUCCUGAUAAAGCUAAACCCCUCCCUCCACACCCCCAUGUAUUUCUUCCUGGUCAACCUGUCCUUCUUGGGAAUCUGCUUCACCACCAGUGUGAUUCCUCAACUGCUGGUUCACUUGCUGGUGGAGAAAAAGACCAUCUCCUUUGCGGGCUGCGCAGCCCAGAUGUACGUCAUCACCAUCACAGGCCUCACAGAAUGCUGCCUCCUUGCAGCCAUGGCCUAUGACCGCUACGUGGCUAUCCGCCACCCCUUGCACUACACAACCAUCAUGAGUGGCCGGGCGUGUGCACAGCUCAUGGGUGCUUCAUGGUUCAUCGGCAUCUCUGUUGAAGUUGCUCAGACAACGUGGAUCUUCAGCCUGCCCUUCUGUGGAUCCCACCGUAUCCACCACUUCUUCUGUGACAUCCCACCCGUGCUGAAGAUGGCCUGCACUGACACAUCCAAAAACGAGAUCAUGGUCUUUACUGUGUCAGUUCUCUUCAUCCUGGGCCCUUUUCUAUUGAUAAUCCUGUCCUAUGUCCUUAUUAUCUUCACCAUAAUCCAGCUGCCGUCAGCAGAGGGCAGGCGUAAAGCCUUCUCCACCUGCUCCUCCCACCUCAUGGUGGUGACGUUGUUCUAUGGACUGGCCCUUAUCACCUACAUGGGGCUUGGGUCUAGCUCCAGCCCAGAGAGUGAUCAAGUGAUUGUGCUAAUAGACAUAAUUGUGGCACCGCUGUCAAAUCCCAUAAUAUACACUCUGAGGAACAAGGAGGUGAAGGGAGCCUUCAGGAAAACAGUAGAGAAAAACAUAUUUUCCCGCAGUUGA